AUGUCCACUCCAAAUCCCACACCACCCCCAUUUCCAACCGCUCUGGCAGACCUCGUAGCCCUUCGCCGCCGCCACCGGCGCUUCUACAACCUCCAAACUAAGCUCCUCGGUUGGGGGAUUACGCCCGCCGAAGUGCGCGAGCUCGACUUGAGGAAUGAAGAGCUGCUCGAGCAAGGGUACGAUACGCAUUAUGACUCAAUGCGGGAGCGGCUCAGGGAGAUAGAUGAGUUGGAACAGCAGCUGCGGAGGGAGAUGUGGAUCGAGGAGCGUAGGAAGCGUGAGCAGGAGAAGGAGAAGGAGAAGGAGCAGGAGCAGGAGCAGGAGGAGAAGGAGAAUAGAGGGGCGCAGUGA